UAGUUAAAUAUUUAUAGUUUUUUUCUUCUAUUGUUGCAUUUAAUUAUUGAGCUUGAUUUAAUCAAAAAUAUCAAUCCAAUAUGACUGGUUUUUUUAGUUUGCUCGUAGUUGCUGUGAGUCUUAUUGGUUUUUCUUCGGCACAAGAUUGGUGCAAUAUAGAAUCAUGUAAUGGAAAACCUCAAACUAUGUGUCUUUAUCCUGAUCCUGGAGCAGCUUCAGCUUGUGGUGAAGUUGAAUCAAUUGAGCUGAGUGAAGAAGAAAAACAAGAAAUUGUACAGGUUCAUAAUGAUUUUCGUGCAAAAGUUGCAAGUGGACAAGAAUCACGUGGAGAUGGUGGUGGACAACCUGCCGGAGAUAUUCCACCACUUACUUGGGAUGAUUCUAUAGCAGAAGUAGCACAACGAUGGGCAAGUCAGUGUAGUUUCGGUCAUGAUCAAUGUAGAAAUACUGAGACUGAACAAGCAGGCCAAAAUGUUGCCAGUAAAUCAGCUUCUAAUGGAUACAUUUCAAGCAUGACUGAUCUCGUUACAAUGUGGUAUGAUGAAGUCGAUAAAUUCAAUCCACAAGGUGUUUACAGCUAUAAAUUCAGCAUGAGCACUGGUCAUUAUUCGCAAUUAGUUUGGGGUACAACAACCAACAUCGGUUGUGGUGUUGCUAAAUAUUUUGAUGGUCAAUGGUACAACACUUAUUUAGUUUGUAACUAUAGCCCACCAGGAAAUUAUGAAGAUGCACCCGUCUACAAUACUAGCAACGAAUAA